AUGGAACCGUCCAGUAAAAAGCGGAAGCUGGCUCCCAAAGUCAACACUUCUGCAGCUCCCAAUCCUCAGCCUGCUGCGCAGUAUUCUCACGAGACGCCACAACAACAGCCUUACCCCGUACACGAUGUCCCGGUUGCCGAGCGACAAGACUUCGAGGCCUUUGCGCGCCAUCUACAGGAUGCCGCCAUGCUGAUACAGCGCCAGACAGAGCGGCCGCCUCACAGCGACGUCUCUGUCCUGCUUCUGAACUGGGAGGAAGAUCGCACCGUCGAUGAGGAUGUCGUUGCCAUGGAGCAGGUCAUGCAGAAGCAGUAUGGCUUCAACACGCAGCGCUGGCAGAUUCCCACCGUACCCAAUCCCAGCAUCAAGCUCGGCGUCCAGAUGGCCUCUUUUCUCGAAAACGCAAGACCCAACCAUCUCCUCAUCAUAUACUAUGCCGGCUACGGCUACGCCGGCCCCGACGGACAGCUAUACUGGGCCUGCAAUGCUCGCGAAGAUGCCGCCAAGCUUAAAUGGGAUGGUGUAAAGUGUCUGUUCGAAGAUGCCCAGUCCGACAUCCUCUUGCUUCUUGAUACGUGUGCCAAGCCAGACCCCACAGCUGCCGGCAGCCAUGGUGUGAAGCAGGCAAUUGCAGCUUGCUCGCCAGAGCACAAGCUCCGUGAUGACCCCGGCCAACGCUCCUUCACCUCCUAUCUCGUCGAAUCGCUCCACAAGCUGAGUAGCGCGCAGCAGCCCUUUAGCUCCCAGAGACUUUGGGAAGAGAUUUGCCAACAGCAACAACAACAACAUGCAAACAGCCCCGCCACAGCUCCGUCUACGCCGCCCGUAUUGCCCAUCUUCUUCACCCUCACUCCCGCAAAGGGGCACGGCCUGAUGCUGGCAUCAAUGGUAGGCAGGGCGCCUGCACCCCCUCUGAAUGGCGUAGAUGUGCCAGACGGCCAGAGCGGUCGUGCUCGUGAAGACAAUCUCAUCGACGCAGACUCCGUCGCCGAUCUCAGAUUCGACGAGGCCCGGAUCCUGGUCUGCACAACGUUUGUCGGCGAUGCGAGCCCAGAUAUGUCUUACUUUCACCAGUGGCUGCAGAACAAGCCGACGCUCGGCGCUGCCAUUGCCGUCGAGGGCAUGUUCCUUGGCCCCCCCACCAUGCUGCUGAUCUCAAUGCCCCACUCCAUAUGGAAUGUCGUCCAGCACGAUAAAGUCUGCUGCUUCCUGGGCUACAUUAGUUCCCAUAACAUGAUUCAUCUGUACGAAAAGCUCGUGGGACCUGGCGGCAUCCGGCCGUCUGCCAAGGAAGUAGAGGAUGGCCGCAUUUUGUUGGAGGCCAGGGAGUUGGCGGCGGGGACACCUUCGCGCACUCGCCGGGAGCCAGACCCGUAUCUUCAUGCAGCGGCCCGAGAUGGUCUUGAAUACAGGUCACAAAGCAGCCCCUCUGGAGCGCCAUAUACCCCGGCCACCCCCCGGAACGUUGCGCCGAUAAAGCCAAAGGACGAGGUCGAGGAUUCCGCCGAGAUGCAGGAAGCCGCAGAACAGCUCAAGGCCCUGAGCCAUGUCCGGCCGAGAGGCGACGAUGGUCCUCCUCCUCCUCCUCCUUCUUCUUCUCACCCACCUAUUCCUAUACCGGCUGCUCCUACGACGCUCCCUGCCCUCCCUCCUCUUCCCCCCAUUUCUGCGCUUCCGCCAUCUCCAGUGCUUCCUGCAGUACGACAACACCGGACAACGCUUCCAGAUGGCAUCCCUGAAUCGAGACAGUGUGAGCCAAGCUCAUCCCGCGACAUUGUCGAAUCUGGAGCCGCCGAUGGCUUGUCCGCGGACUCGGCUGCACAUUUGCGGAUAAAGGCGCCGCGGCGGUCUCUUCCCAAGCAGGAGACGCGUUGCAACCACUGCAGCCACGCACCUUUCAAGGAUACGUCGUCUCUCCGCAAGCACAUCGCCGCCGCCCAUACACGGCCUUUCCCCUGCGCCUUCUCCUUUGCUGGUUGUGCUAGUACAUUUGGAUCAAAGAAUGAGUGGAAGCGCCACAUCGCCUCGCAGCAUCUCUGUCUGACAUACUACUGCUGCUCCGCAUGCCCGCAGAGCGCGGUGGAGGGCAAAGGUAACGAGUUCAACCGCAAAGAUCUCUUUACGCAGCAUCUCCGCCGGAUGCACGCUCCCUUCCAGAUCAAAAGAACCAUUGCCAAGGGCGACAGCAAGCUGAUGGCCGAGUGGGAUGCUCACGUCAAGGAAAUGCAGCAGUCCUGCCUGGUCACUCGGCGGCACCCCCCUCAAAAGUCAGCUUGCCCCAGGAAAGAAUGCAAUGCCGUUUUCGAGGGGCCCACGUCGUGGGACGAGUGGACUGAGCAUGUGGGGCGGCACAUGGAGAAGGGCGAGGCCCAACGGCUGGGCAUCGACAAGCUGCUGGCCGAAUGGGCUCUUGACGAAGGCAUCAUUGAGCUGAGAAGCGAUGGCGAGUACCGCCUGUGCGCCACAAACGGCGUUUUCCCCAGCAGCAGCAACGGUGGCAUGAAUAAUGGAAUUGCCCUUCAUGCUCAGCCAGCGCUAGAGCACAAGGAAUCCUCCCUCUCCCUCGCGGAACAUGCGUCUUCUGCAGAAGAGACUCCGGCAAUGGAGGCUAAGCCGGCUGAGGAUACGAUAAUGGCGGAGGGAUGA